UCCAGUUGGCAUUUAGCUUUUUGCCAGAACGGCUGCGCUCGCGGCGGCUUGCAGACGAGCGUAUACAGUGAUCAUAGUGAUAUAGCUGCCAUAUAACUCCACGCUUCACUCUGCAUAAAAUGCAAAUUUUCGCCACUUGAGUCAAUAGCUUCAACCAAAAUAUAUCUUGACUUUGAGUUCGUUCUUUUUACCCGGUUUAAACGUCGUGCAAAUCUUAACGUUAAAAUGGCUGUGGAUUAUGUUUUAGAGGAGCUCAUGGGCAAAUUGGGUGAAUUUGGCAAAUAUCAAUUUGCACAAUUCUUUCUCCAAGUCCUCUCCGCUCUCACCGCAGGCAUGCACAUGCUUUCACUGGUUACAGUUGCCGCCGUGCCGGAUCAUCGUUGUUUUAUACCCGGCGUAGACAACAGUAGCCAUUCGCAGCCACCUUGGAACUCCAGCGCCAUAUUGCAAGCCAUUCCAUUGAAUCCAACUGGCGAGUUAGACUCGUGCCAUAUGUAUAAUAUAACUGCCGGAGAUCAGAGUGUGAUACCCUGCGAAAAGUAUGUCUACGAUACGACCUACUAUAAGACCUCUCGCACAAUGGACUGGAACUUUGUUUGCGAUCGCCGCUGGAUGGGCGCCAUUAUUCAAACGGUAUUUAUGUUGGGGACCUUUACGGGAGCUGUGACGUUGGGCGGUCUAGCUGACAAAGUGGGACGCAAGACAGUCUUCUGUUGGUCGGCAUUGCUGCAGCUAUUCGUGGGCGUGGGUGUGGCCUUUAUACCCGAGUACUUCUCGGUAAUGGCAACGCGCUUUGUGCUGGGCAUUGUGGGCUCUGCCGGCGCUUACAUCUGCGGUUUUGUGCUCACAAUGGAGCUGGUCGGUCCUACCAAGCGCACGGUUUGCGGCAUUACAUUCCAGGCUGUGUUUGCUGGAGGCAUCAUGCUGGUGGCUGGGUGGGGUGCAAUUGUGAAGGACCGGACCAUGUUGCAGGUUGUCUAUGGCUUGCAUGGCUUAUUGUUUGUGGGCCACUGGUGGCUAAUGGAUGAGUCGCCCCGUUGGCUUUGGGCGCAGGGACGUCCAGCCGAGGCGGUUGAUAUUGUUGCCAAAGGAUUGCGCAUCAAUGGCUCUGGCCAGGCUGUGGACAAGGAUUACUAUGUGCAGAAGGCCAAGCAGCAGGCAGCCGUGGAGGAAAAGUCCUCAGCUGGCCUAAGUGAUCUCUUCCGCACGCCCAACUUGCGCAUGAAGACGCUCAAUGUGUGCCUUUGCUGGUUUGCUAACUCGAUUGUCUACUAUGGCUUGUCCCUGAGCGCGGGCAAGCUCUAUGGAAAUCCCUAUUUGAUUCUGUUCCUAUUGGGUCUGGUGGAGUUCCCCACCUAUGUGGCGAUAGUGUUUGUGCUCGAUCGCUUAGGACGUCGGUCCAUUACCUCCACGCUCAUGUUGGGCGGUGGUCUGUGCUGCAUUGUUGCCGCUUUUAUAGCACAGGGCAGCACGCUCUCGACGAGCAUUGUGAUGCUGGGAAAGCUGCUCAUUGCUGGCUCCUUUGCUGUCAUCUAUAACUACUCCGCGGAGCUGUUUCCCACGGUGGUACGUAACUCUGCCAUGGGAUUGGGUUCGAUGUGUGCGCGUCUCUCUGGCGCCCUUACGCCUUUGAUCACAUUGCUGGGGGACUCGUUCGAUCCGAAGAUACCAGCUGUUCUGUUUGGCGUUGUUGCGUUGGUGUCCGGCUUCUGGGUUAUGUUCCUGCCGGAGACUAUGAACAAGCCCAUGCCGGAGUCUAUAGAGGAUGGUGAGAACUUUGGCAAAGGAGAUACUUGGUUCACUCAAUGUGCUGGAGGAAAGCAACGCCAUGACAGUGUUUAUCCUGACGAUCCCGAGCAGAUGGUGCCGCUUAAGACCAUGCAAAGCAAAUAAGAGAUGCCAAAGCCUUUCCAUACACAUUUUAUUGUUGUUAAGCAUUCCAUACAUACACAAACGCACACACACACACACACAUACACACAUAUUUGCAUUGGGGGACUGUUGUUGUCCCCAGCGACUGCAUUUAAGUUUAGUUUUAUCAACUUCAAUAAAAUCAGAAAUUCGGAUGCGCCUUGAAGUCGCUGUCUACCCACUA